CUCUCUCUCUCUCUCUCCCUCCUCUGUCUCUCUCCCUCUCUCUGCCCCCCUCUUCUCUCUCACAUUGUGUUUACAGCCCUGCAGAGCGCUGCAUAUCUGACAUUUCUCUCUCAAACUCCAAGCAGCCGUGUUCUCAUCUGCAAGCCCAGAGAAGAGACAAGACAAGAACUGAAGUGCAGCAACCAGGACUGAACUGCGUCAGGCCUGAAACACCUGACCCGAGCUCAUCUCCAGACAUCAGCGAGCAAAUCGAUUCCCUGCCUUCGCUGGUCAGCUCCCCUCCCACAGUGCAAACAGGCCCAGCAGCCUGACUGGACACUCUCUCUCUCUCUCCUCCCGUGACCCAGCUCGUCAAGAUCUAACCAGCCCGCCGCCUCCAUGGAGCGCGUCCAGCACAUGACCAAGUCGGCCAUCCGCCGAGCGUCUCAGAUCGAGGUGAACCCACAGGCCAAGAGGAACCUGCAGGAGCUCUUCGUCAACUUCACCCUCAUCCUCAUCUGUCUGCUCCUCAUCUACAUCAUCGUCCUGCUGAGCAGCUGAGAGCAGCGCAGGGAGCUCGGCCGGGCUGCCCCGCGGACCAGGCUUUGGCUGAGAUAUGGGCCUUACUCCGACGUGCAUCAGAUUUCUAAUAAAGUAAUAAUAUCACGCCCAUGUGUCAGCCUAACCCUGUUUGACAGCAGCCGUGAGGAAGGGUCAUGGAGGUCAAAUGAGUCCAAACAACGAAGGUUCCCUGCCUCUCUGUCUCUAGGGACUGAAGAGUGACCCACGUGACUUUAACACUUGCCAGUUUCUUUUUUGUUUUUGCCAAAUGCAUUUUAUCUUCCUCCUUCGCCCACCACUGCCAGAAACCCAAGACAGGGCAUCGUGCCAUCAGCUUAAUGUAUAUUGAAACUUCAGGGCUGCCAUCUUGGAUUAGGCUUAUAGUUAUGGCCAAGAUGACACCUUUUCCACCUAUAUAGAAGAAAGUGGGAAGUGCCUAUCAUCCGCCCAAAGUGUAGCUCACAGAACAAAGCUGGCCUGCCAUGAGGUUCUGUUCGGCCUGUAAAAUGUUUCGGGAGGGAAAAAAGCUAGUAUAUAAAAAAAAUUACAAUAUGAAUCAACAAUUCAAAUGCUCUUCAAAUGUGUCGGACUGAUAAUUCUUUUAUUUUUAUCCCCCCCUGAAUCUAAGAACAGCUGGCACGCAGGGAAUUUGGGAUCAAUCUUUGCAACUGUAUCUUAAAAACAUAACAUACAGUAGGUGUUUGGUUUUUGGCAGGUGGCUUUGUAAUAUUCUUGGGUGAAGUGAUUCUUUAAACCUGAUUGCCAUUACAUGAACCUACAGGAUUGUUAAAGUACAUUAUCAGUACAUAAUUUUUUCAUUAAUAACGCAGUUAAAAAAAAAAAAGACACAACCAUAUAGAAUGAUCGAUUAAGAUAGAUAAUAAUAGAAUUCAAAUGAAGAAGUGAGAAUAAAAGAUUAUUCACUUUGUUUUUGGCUAUAAUUUGACACUUGUUGUUUUAGACUGACAUCCAGUGGCUAUUAGAGGAACUGCAGCUCUGACAUUGUUUUCACCUGUUCGGCCAUGUUGGUCUCUGAAGGUGGAAGAAGUUCCUCUUCAUGUGCAGUGGUGAGAUAGCACCCCCUCUCUGCCCUGCGCUCAGUAUACACUGUCUGUGAAAUGGAACAGAUAAGCUUUAAGUGCUGCCCCUCUUUAAAGACAAUCCGUUCAAUCUACAUUGCAUCAUUUAUUAAAAGCUGACAUGGUCUGACUUUACACUCCAACAGUCGAACCAGUUCUCACUCAACAUGUAUAAACACAACACUUGCAAAUCAUUCUAAGUGUUGUGAGACUGAACAUGAAGUGUGGAUUAACCUGCAGGUGUCUCUGAUGAGCAACAUGAACACUUCAGCUGUGUCCCACUACACUCAGUAUGGACUCUUCCAUGGCCUGACAUAUACACUACAUGCUGCUCAUCAGAUGUGAAGUAAAAUCCUUUUUUUUUUUUUUUUUUUUGCAUGGUGUGAUUUCACUUUUAUGAUGUUUUCUUUCAAUUUCCGUCGAUGUAUUAAAUCUUCCGUCGACAAGCGAUGACGUUCUCGGUUGACGGCGGCACAGUUUCUGUGACAGUGGCAGUGACUUCUUAGAAAAUAAAACUGUCAAGUCGGAUUGUUGAACCCGAAGUUCAUUACAAGAAACCAAUAUAUGAUCAUCAACUUCAAUCAUUGCUCUAGAAAGGAACAUUUCAACAGCUUUACCAGCCACGUUCACGUUUGUGUCUUCACUGUGUUUGCAGUAAGUGAAAAUGUAAUAAUAUAUACGACAUUUAAAGUUGGGAUUAUUAUAUAUUAAAGAGGAAAAAGAGUAGUUUUGUUCUUCAUAUAUGUUUGGAAGAUUGUACCACCUGACUGUUGAAACACCAAAGAAAAUGCAUGUCAAUACAAUUAAAGUGGUUUCUCCUGA